UAACUACAGAUUCAGAUCAACUAACUUUUUUCAUGAAAAUUUCGAAAAAUGUGCAAUUUGUAAAUUUCCGUAGACGGUGUGUCAGCUUUUUCCGACUGAUCGAAUUGAAAAUCAAAUUACUCCCCAAAAUGGAAAUCCCCCUAAAAAAUUCCCCCUCGCAAACAAUGCUGGCUGGCUUUCCAGACGAGGAAGACGGAAAUUUGACCACGGUCGGUGACUCCAAAGACACCACGGUCGAUGAAACCCCAACCAGCAACAAUUUUGAAGCACUGUAUCAACAACCCGGUAGCUCAUCUGGAGCCACCCAAAAUCCAAAGCUUUUGGACUCCAUCGUCGAAAUUGUAAAGGCGGAAGAGACGUUGCGACGUGUCAGCGAGGAAAAAAUUGACCCCGGUUACGACGACGAGGAAGACAACAACAACACGGACGUGUGGAACGUCACGGAGGGUGAGGCCGGAGAUAUUGCGGAAAACAUCAUUUUCGACAUGGAAGGUGACUUGACGGAUAUCCUCAAGUAUCGCGACAUUGGAUCGACUCAUCUCACUCUGCCAGAAGAACAGGCCAUGGCGUAUUCUCACUUCAAAAUUCCAGACCCCAUGGACGCUCGGUACUACAUUUAACGUAACUCUGGAAGAGAAUUAAUCCAAU